AUGUCGCUUGGAGAGGCCCCCUCUGAUGAUUCAACACUGGGGCAGACAUCCCCCGAAGGCUCGAGUGAGGACUAUGAAAAUGGCGUGUCCAACAAGGCCGCCGACAGCAACACCGAAGGCCAUCAGCCCCAACCCUUUAACUCCAAGGUCGAACGCCCCCGGUCCUUCGCCGGCGAAGUCCUCUUCCUCGCGGUCAUCUGCUCCUCCCAGCUCCUCACUCAAGCCGGUCUUGCCCUCAGCAUCGUACCCCAACACAUCAUUGGUCGCUCGUUCGGCAUCGACGACCAGCCUGGCCAGCUGAGCUGGUUCUCUGCUGGAUACUCUCUCACUGUCGGCACCUUCAUCCUGGUCGCAGGCCGUCUUGGCGAUGUCAUCGGCCACAAGCUCUUCUUCGUUGGCGGCUACGCCUGGUUCGGCUUGUGGUCUGCCCUCGCCGGCGUUGCCGUCUACAGCAGCUCCAGCUUCUUCAUUUUCUGCCGCACCAUGCAGGGCAUCGGCCCGGCUUUCUUACUGCCCAACGCCAUCGCUAUCCUCAGUCGCUGCUACGACCCGGGGCUUCGCCAGAACAUGAUCUUCAGUCUGUUCGGUGCCACUGCCCCCGGCGGCUUCGUAAUCGGCGCCGUCUUCUCCAGCCUGCUUUCCCAGAUGACCUGGUGGCCCUGGUCCUAUUGGGUCCUGUGUUUUGCGUGCCUUUUGCUGGCCGUCUUGGCCGUCUUUGUCAUUCCCGCAACCCCAGCGCCAAGCAAAACAGAGCCUGAAAGUCCCAGUAUCUGGCAGCGAGUCGAUCUCUUCGGCUCCAUCACCGGCGUGGCCGCCCUGGUCCUCGUCAACUUCGCCUGGAACCAAGGUGCCGCUGUCGGCUGGCCGACACCUUACACCUACAGCAUCUUGAUUGUGGGCAUCCUCAUCUUUGUCGUCUUCGUCCUCGUCGAGAAGAGGGUGAGCCACCCCCUGAUCCCCUUUGGCGUCCUGCAAAUCGAUGCCCUCUUCACGCUAGCCUGCAUCAGCGCCGGCUGGUCGAGCUUCGGUAUCUUCCUCUUCUAUACCUUGAAUCUCCUCGAAAUCCUGAGGGGCCAGACCCCUCUGCUCACGUCCGCCCAGAUCACUCCUAUCGCCAUAAGUGGGCUGCUUGCUGCGGUGACUACCGGUCUGGUCCUGAGUCACUUCCGGACGUCGACUGUGAUGCUCAUCUCCAUGACCUUCUUCCUCAUCGGGGGAAUCAUCUUUGCGACCGUACCGGUCCACCAGACCUAUUGGGCGCAGACUUUCGUGGGUAUCAUCGUCCUCCCGUGGGGUAUGGACAUGUCCUUCCCCGCCGGCACCAUCAUCCUGAGUCGGGCGAUGCUGCGGGAGCAUCAGGGUCUCGCCGCAUCGCUGGUCAACACCUUUGUCAACUACUCGAUCUCCAUUGGGCUCGGGCUUGCCGGCACGAUCGACGCAGAGGUCAAUGAUGGAGGGAAGGAUAUUCUACACGGAUACCGGGGCGCACUCUACAUGGGUGUCGGUCUCUCCGGCUUGGGUGUAGCUGUGGCUCUGGCUUUCUGUUUCGUGGAGCGGCUUCAGUCCAAGACGCCAGGAAAGGUGGCGCAGGAAAAGAGCGAAACGCAGGAGGAGUAUGUUUAG